ACAACAGUUAUGUUACGUAAUAUACCUAAUAAGUAUACUCAAAGGAUGUUAUUAAAAGUGGUAUUAGAAGAUGAAGGCUUUGCGGAUAAGGUAGACUUUUUCUAUUUACCUAUUGAUUUCCGUAAUAGAUGUAAUGUUGGAUAUGCAUUUAUCAAUUUGUGUACACAUGAGUAUGCUUUACAGUUUAUGGAUGUUUUCCAUCAUUAUAAGCUCACUGCCUUUAAUUCUUUAAAGGUUUGUGAAACUGGUUUUGCCAGAAUACAGGGCCUACAGGCCAAUAUCAAUCAUUAUCGUAAUUCCCCUGUCAAUGAGGUUACAAUACCCGAAUAUCGCCCAUUAUUAUUUCAUAAUGGUAAGGAGGUAGCAUUCCCUCAACCAUCAGUAGUAGAUGAAACUACUACAAUAGGAACUGCU